AUGUCAACAAAAGGAUCACCAUUUGACGCAAAAGUCACAUCUAUUGAAUCUUUGAAGCAAGGUAAAUGGAUCCAAACAAAAUUAAUAAAUUAUGAUGAUCCAAAUGGUAACCAUAGACAAUGGGAAAUGGCUGUAAGAACGACAAGAACAGAUACUACUAAUGUAGAUGCUGUAUCAAUCGUUUCCGUAUUGGAUCAUAAAAAUAAAUCAAAAGAAAUAGUUUUAGUAAAACAAUUUAGACCACCUUGUGAACAAGUAGUUAUAGAAUUACCAGCUGGAUUAAUAGAUCCUAAAGAAUCAAUAGAAUCAACAGCAGUAAGAGAAUUACAUGAGGAAACAGGAUAUCAUGGAACUUUUGAGAAACAAUCAGUUAUAACGUAUAGUGAUCCAGGUUUAACAAAUGCAAAUAUGGUAUUAGCUUAUGUAAAUGUUGAUUUAACAAAAGAAGAAAAUCAAAAUCCAAAACCUCAACUUGAAGAUGGUGAAUUUAUUAUAACUUUUAGUUUACCAUUGGAUAAUUUAUUGGAAGAAAUUGAAAAAAUGUGUAAAGAAGAAAAAUGUACUGUUGAUGCAAGAUUAUAUCAUUUUGCUAUGGGAUUAAAAUUGGCAAAAGAGUUGAAUUUGUAG